AAAAUAUAAAAUAAGAUGGGACUUUGGGCAUGGACAUUAAACUAAAUGCUAACUCCAAAAUUUUGGACAUUAGUUCGAAGGGAAGGUAGUUAUAAGAUAGUAAACUUUAGGAUUUUGGUAGACAUAUAUAAGAAUGCACCGAGCUUAAUCUAGAUCAAGUCAUUAUGCAGGAGGUUAAAAUGGGCCUAUUUAAUGUGUUGGUUAAGAUUAAUUUGGGAAUAAAUAUUAUGAAGACUUUGAUGUCACACGUAUGGUUUUUAAAAGAGCAAUUUUUAGAUAGAAAUUAGAGAAGAUGGGUUGAAUAUAAUGAUUAUUUUAAUCCAUGGCAUACUCUUGGAGAUAGAGUUCCUCCAGUAUGGCAUGGUUGGAUGGCACAUGUAUAUGAUGAGACUCCAUCAAGAACUGGACAUUCAUAUUUUGUUUAGCCAUUUUAUUAAUAACCUGGAACAGAUAAUCAAUCACAUACACCACAUCAUUAUUUUCCAUAAGGAGCUAUGCAAAAUUUAAACAGAUUAGAAUUUAUGUAAAGAAUAUUAUGAGAAUAAUUUAGAAAAUAUCAUAGAAAUAGAAGAGCUGCCCCAUUUGAACCAGGACAAUCUUAAGGAUUUGAAGGAAAAAAACUAAUAGUUGAAAGAUAAAGCUAUUCAGAAGAUGUUAUGGCUAGUAGAGAAUGAUUUAAUAUAAAAUAUUAUAUUAAAAAAAAGAAGAAUAAUUG